ACACUUAGAAGAAGACAAAAAGAUAACAACAUAACAACAGAGCGGAAUUGUCCAUCAAAUAGGCGCGGCGUCGUGCAGCCGUUGAAUGACGGAGAACGGCCGUAGCCUGGUCUACCGCAAAAGAGUAAGCUGCACCUGUGGAUGGGAGGUAAAAUUCGGUUACGGCGUGGCUUUCACCCUGGCCGUCUUCGAGGCGAAGCGUCUCCUCGUGCUCGCCUUGGAGAUAUUUGCGGAGUGGCAGGUGAUCCGUAUCGCAGGUGGUUUCCAACCGGUCGCCCUUACCUUGGCGGACGUAACACUGGGAUUGCCGUGCGCCCUUAUCACCGUACGCACUAUACGCAGGCGCAAAUCGAAUCUCUGUCCGAAAACUAGGCGGGUGUUAAGAUGUCUUUUGAUAAUGAUAAUUGUGUGUACCGCUAUGAACACGACGACACUAGUUUCGAUAGGGUAUCACAUCAAUGUGAAGCAAGACACUUUAAUUGAUGUCUUCAACGCCUCCAUGCAUCUGUACGCCACUGUUGCGUCAUAUAAAUACGCAAUCGACGAGAUCCAAUUUGUGUUACAAUGUUGCGGUCACUCCUCUUAUAUCGAUUGGUUUCUCUUCGACUGGCAGAAAGUAGAUUACGCGUCUCGUGUGGAAAUGGCGGAACAAAACAGAAUCUCGGAUGAAGACUUUAGAAGUCUUGGAGUCCCUUUUAGCUGCUGCAACUUGCGCGCUGCGGCACCUUGUAUGCACUUAGAGAUGACGGAUGACAAAACUAUAAACGUGAACGGCUGCGCGGAAGUCAUCAGUCCUAUUCUUCUCAGAAUCGUCAUAGUCGCUUACGUUAUGACUAUCACUUUGAUCGUUAUACAAGUGCUACUGGCCUUUCUAAUUACCAGAAUGGUCUGCAGAUUUGUCCCUCUGGGAACGUCCUUUCCUCGGGUAAGAUGUUCCGCUGUGCCAUUCUCUAUUACAAAUACAUCGUCAAGGACCUACGUGCCACGACUUUUUCCACUUAAGAAAUCCGCUUGGCGCAAAAGACCGAGCAUGCACUAUUGUUCGUUAACAGCUAAAGACGUUUUCACCAAGGAGAACCGGAAAAUUAGACUGCCUAAGGUCAGACGCAGAUAUCCCAUUUUGAAUCACGGAAAUCGUGAGUCCGUGUGGUGAGCGCCUUAUACCGGGUGACCGAGUCGAGCGCGCGCGAAGCGGCGUAUGGUCUU